AUGGCCCUGUACAACCAAACCGUGGAUUUUCUGUCGGACUCUUUUUCCGGCCCAAACCGACUACCUCUCCUAGCAGUCGCUGGAGCUUCCUUUACACUGGGUUUAUUGAGUAGAUCACUUUUGCAUCAAGAGUCAGGGCAGACAGUUAUUGUAUCGCCCCGAUCGACGAUCUUGCCCGGUAUCUCGGAAUCGGAAAAUCGGCAGCUUCCUCUGCCAACUGAUGUCCUACCCGGUGCCCGAGACGUCGACAGCCCGUACGGCUCUACACGAGUGUAUGAAUGGGGCCCGGAGAAUGGACCAAAAGUCUUGCUGGUGCAUGGUAUCACCACACCCUGUCUUUCGCUUGGUGGGCUGGCCCAUGCACUUGUCGACCGUGGCUGUCGAGUGAUGCUUUUUGACUUAUUUGGAAGAGGAUACUCGGACUGUCCCGCUGAUCUUCCACAAGACAACCGACUCUUCUUGACGCAAAUACUGCUUGCCCUGGCCUCGUCACCCAUUGCUUGGACUGGGGCCGAAUCUGGUAAAUUCUGUCUCGUCGGAUAUUCUUUUGGGGGUGGUAUCGCAGCUGGUUUUGCGUCUUACUUCCUCGAGCUUUUGUCGUCACUGGUGCUCUUGGCCCCCUCUGGAUUAAUCCGUGACUCGCAAAUCAGUUUCCAGAGUCGCCUGCUUUAUUCAAAGGGUCUGAUGCCAGAGAAUAUUCUGGGUUACUUGGUUGGUCGUCGACUGCGAGCAGGCCCCUUGACUACGCCCAAGCCCAAGCCCAAGAACCACAAGCUCAGUGCUGCAGAUGCGCUCACCGAAGAGCUUCCUUCCCAGGCUGCAGCUGAGAUUCAAGUCCUAUCUCGGAAGUACCCUCAUAUCAAUGUUUCUUCGGCGGUGGCAUGGCAGGUCAAUACUCAUGCAGGAUUCGUCCACGCCUUUAUAUCAAGCAUGCGUUACGGUCCGCUUCUAAAACAGCGCCAGUGGAACACAUGGACCCGUCUGGGUGAAUGUCUUACCGCGCAAAGUAAUGGUUCUGGUGAUAGUGAUACAAAGCCAUCUGUCAACAAGGUGCACAUUUUGUGUGGCGACAAAGAUGCCAUCAUGGUCAAGAGCGAGCUCGUUCCGGAUGCCAAGGCUGCCUUGGGAGACAGCGCCGAGUUCGAGUUCUACGAUGCCGGUCACGAGUUCCCUAGCACCAAGUACGAGGAGGUGGCUUCUUACAUUUUUAAGUUACUUUGA